AUGGCUGAAAUCUCAGGUGGAUGGCAAGAGAAGGUCCGCUUGAAGCGCGAAGCUCAAAAGCGAGCACUGGCCAUUUCAGACAAUAUCAAACAUAAUAGCCCGGACUGGGUAUUUAUUGAGGAUAUUUCGGCGUUGGUCCGUCGCUUUGCUUCUGGCGAGCUAAGUUCUGUAGCUGUGACGGAAGCAUAUAUUGAAAGGGCUACUAUUGCACAUGGUUUGACGAAUUGUCUUACCGAAAUUCUCUUCGAAGAAGCCUUGGUGCGGGCUCGUGAGCUGGAUGAUUAUCAAAAAGAACAUGGGGAUGUCAUCGGUCCGCUACAUGGUGUUCCCGUUACCCUUAAAGAUCAAUUUAAUGUUAAAGGCUAUGAUAGCACUCUGGGCUAUGUUGGCCGCGCAUUCAAUCCCGCGACUGAAGACGCGGUUCUUGUCACGCUGCUAAAGAAACUCGGUGCUGUUGUGCUGGCCAAAACGAAUCUCCCUCAGAGUAUAAUGUGGUGUGAAACUGAGAAUCCGCUUUGGGGCCUUACUACACAUUUUUUCUCUAAGGACUACACUCUCGGCGGCUCGACAGGCGGCGAGGCAGCGCUACUAAGCCUUCGCGGGAGUCUUCUCGGUUGGGGAACAGAUAUCGGUGGUAGUAUUCGGAUACCCGCCCAUAUGACAGGUUUAUACGGGUUCAAGCCGAGUAGCUCCCGUCUCCCAUAUCAGGGAGUACCUGUGUCAACCGAAGGGCAAGACCAUGUCCCUUCGUCGGUAGGGCCACUAAUGCGAAAUCUACCGUCGCUGACGCUAGUGAUGAAAGAGCUGAUCCAGUUAGAACCCUGGAAACAUGACGCUCGUUGUGUACCUAUACCAUGGAGGGAGGAAAUCUUUGAGAAUUUCGGGUCUAAGCCGCUGACAAUUGGCUUACUUAUUGACGACGGAGUAGUCCGACCGCAUCCGCCUAUUACACGAGUACUUCUCUCAUUGGUAGAAAAGCUCGAAGCCGCCGGUCAUGAUAUCGUUGAAUGGAAUUCCAACCUCCACGCCGAAUGCAUCCAGGUUAUGGAUGAAUUCUAUACGGCUGACGGUGGCGAAGAUAUCCGCCGCGAUGUCCAAGCCGGUGGAGAACCCUUUAUUCCCCACGUAGAAGCUUUGGUCAACAAGGGCCAGCCUAUUUCUGUCUACGAUUACUGGCAGUUGAACAAGCGUAAAACAGCGCUCCAACAAGCGUAUCUUGAGAAAUGGAAUGAAAUUAGGUCACCAAAGACGGGAAAGCAGGUCGACGUUGUGUUAAUGCCACCCAUGCCACAUACAGCUGUCCCCCAUCGUGCUUGUCGAUGGGUAGGAUAUACUAAGAUAUGGAACGUCUUAGACUAUUCAGCUCUAGUUAUCCCCGCAGGUAAAGUAUCUUCUAUCGAUAGCCACGUACCAUGGAACCACACGCCGAGGAAUGCAAUAGAUGAGUGGAAUAAUGCUCUAUGGACUCGAGAAAAGGAGAAGAUGAUCAAGCUCGAACUUUCUGUUGGGGUGCAAAUAGUUGGAAGGAAGCUCGAAGAAGAGAAAGUCCUUGCAACUGGUACUAUUAUUGAUAAAUUUGUGCGAGAAGUUAGGUAA